AUGGACAACAACAGUCGCAUCAUCAGCAAGCUGGACUGCAAGCCGAACGGUGAGACCACUCCGUUGAAGUUCUGCAUUGAUGUGGUGGGGGCACAGGAUGCAAACAGUGCAGCCGUCUGUGCCUACGCUGCGAAUGGUGGCCGCAACCAGCAGUGGGAGCUGGAAGUUAUCGGCCAGGCUGGUAGUGCGCGUUUGGUGCGCAUCGUUUCCUGCAUGGAUGGCAGGCGGUUGCUCACAGUGGAGAAUGGAGAUCAAUUGCGAAACGACAUGAUCUUGGAGAUUAGAUAUCUGGUACGCUGGUCCGGCGAAGCGGGAUUGGUGCAGCUCCAGAAAGUGGUGUGGAACCAUGGCGUGCCGCAGGCAAUCAUCGAAGAGCGGCUUGGCAAGCAGCUGGGACGAGGCACAGGGGAUGCGGAGAAGGCUUGCAUUCUGCAAGACAUCCGCAAUGGCCUUGUCAAGUAUAGCCCUCAAAGGGCCGCAAAGAGUUUGCUUCCCGUCGCGAAUGUCCUUCGAAGAAUUCACAGCGACGGAUUUGUCUACAAUGACAUGCACGAUGGAAACAUUCUGCGCCACAUGACUCAUGACAGUUACAAGCUCAUUGACCUGGGCAGCGUAACCCGAGCUGAUCACUGGCAGCAAGAACUCGGAAGCCUCUACGACAGUCGAUGGAGUCGCAAUCGUGACUGGCGUGCGUUUGCACUGGCUUUCCUGGGCUUGAUCCUGAAUGGCAGGCAGCUCGAUGUCUGGGUCCUUGUCGGCACGCCGCGGCCUCACUUUCGCGCUGCACGGAUGCGAGCACAUACAUGUCACUAUCUAGCUCCAGGUGCAAGCAGUUUCUUUCUGAAAGCCAGCAUGUCUUCGUUUGAUACAUGA